GAUGAUUCACUCAGGUGAGGCGAAGGGGUAGAAACAGCCAACCUCGCUGACCUUCCCCCUUUCACCACUUGGCCGGGGCCCGCUUUGCGCCUCCUGCCGUUGCCGCCGCCACUGACGCGUCAAGCCGAGAGGGCCCCACCUCGCCGGACUCCGCCCAGCUGCCGGGACGGGUUUUGGGAAGGGCUGGGCGAGGGAGAGCCAAAGAACAGAGCCGCUGAGCUGGCCGGUUCCACAAGUUUGACAGUUUGGGCAAAGAAGAAGAAGGGAGCCACGGCCCCGCCGGUUUACCUCAGCUGUGCGUAAGGGAAAAAGACAAAGACGGCGAAGUGGAGUUUUUCCUGUCUAAGGGAGUUUUUCUUUUAACCGGGCUUUGUCUGUUUGCCCCCUCCUCGCCUGGAAGGGACGUGGCCUGCCGAAAAAUCGCCUCCAAAAGCCUUGUCCCCAUCCUGACGGAAAGUUAUCUCAAUCGGCUCAGCCUUUCGUCCUCCCUUCCCUGCCCCCUUUCCCCUCGCCUCGUUCUCCCGCUCGCAGUAGCACCAUGUCUCGGGAUCCAGAAGAGGUGAAUAAGUUGACCGAGAGCACCUAUAAAAGUGUUAUGGAACAGUUCAAUCCAGGGCUGCGGAAUUUAAUAAACCUGGGGAAAAACUAUGAAAAAGCUGUUAAUGGUAUGAUUCUUGCUGGAAGAGCCUACUAUGAUGGUGUUGCAAAAAUAGGGGAUAUCGCAGUUGCAUCACCUGUUUCUAAAGAAUUGGGGCAUGUUCUCAUAGAAAUUUCUAUUGCACAGAAGAAACUAAAUGACAGCCUAGAUGAAAGUUUCAAGAAAUUCCAUAAAGACAUUAUAUCUGAGCUGGAAAAGAAAACUGAACUAGAUGUAAAAUACAUGAAUGCUACUUUGAAGAAAUACCAGAAUGAACAUAGAAGCAAAUUGGAUUCUUUGGAAAAGUCUCAGGCUGAAUUGAAGAAAAUUCGAAGGAAAAGUCAAGGAGGAAGGAAUGCAACAAAAUACGAGCAUAAAGAAACUGAGUAUUUAGAAACUGUGAGUUCUCGGCAGAGUGAUAUUCAAAGAUUUAUUGCUGAAGGUUGCAGAGAGGCUCUUCUUGAAGAGAAAAAAAGAUUCUGUUUUCUGGUUGACAAGCACUGCAGCUUUGCUCAGCACAUGAAGUAUUAUCACGUAGAGUGCUCAGAGUUACUUAGCUCUAAAUUGCCUGGAUGGCUAGAAACUUGCAGUGAUGCUACCAAAGUGCCAGAGAAAAUCAUGAAUAUGAUAGAAGAGAUCAAGACACCUGGCUCUACUCCAAUAUCAGGAACUCCCAUGCCUUCACCAAUGAUAGAAAGAAACAGUAUGGUUGGAAACAAUUAUGAUUCGCUUCAUAGAAAUUCUCCCAAAGUACCUCCUGCACCUACUGGGAGAGCCUAUACUAGUCCUUUAGUUGAUAUGUUUAAUAACCCACCAAUGGCUCCAAAGGCACCUUCAGAGAGAUUAAAUCAUUUAACAGAUCAUGCAGAUGAUUCCAGUUUAUCACGAUCAACCUCUGUUGCCACAGGACUAAAUAUAAUGAAACGGCAAAAAGUUAAAACAAUAUUUCCACACACUGCAGGGAAUAACAAGACUCUACUUAGCUUUGCACAGGGAGAUAUCAUCACGCUGCUAAUAUCUGAGGAAAAGGAUGGAUGGCUGUAUGGAGAACAUGAUGUGACUAAAGUAAAAGGAUGGUUCCCAUCAUCAUACACAAAGACAUUGGAAGAAUCAGCUGAGGAGACAAUAUGUAUGGCAGUGCCAAGUCCUGCACCUAUGCGCAGCAUCAGCUCAGUAAACUUAUUAGAGAGAAGUGCAGUUGUCCUUCCUCCACCAGAUUAUUUGGUACCUGGGCAAACAAGACCAACUUCAGAAGUAAGACUGGACUCUUCCAGAAGUACUGCUGUAAAAACACCAGUGGCCAGGCCAGAAAGCACAACUCUUAAACCUGACAUGAAUGGCAUUCUAAAACCACCUUUCCUAAGUGGAGAAAAUCCAUUUGCUACAGUAAAACUCCGACCAACAGUAACAAAUGACCGAUCUGCACCAAUACUUCGAUGAGCAACUUUAUCAGAUUGUUUUUUUACCCUUCCUCAUAAAUAGUAUCCACAGCAAUAUGAUUUUCAAAUGCUAUUUGUAAAUGUUAUUUAAAUAUAAUUAAUGUGUACAGUAGCAAAAAGGUGCAAAGGAGUGCUGACUUUUAAAAAAAAAACUUUUUUUGCUUCCUGUAUCAGCUAAUUAUUGAUGGGUUAAGAUGCUUGAAAAUUAUCUCAAUUUUGCAGUGUGCCUUGUUUAGGAAGACAGAAUUGUGAAAAUAGGGAAGAGGCUUGAAUAGCUUCAUUACCAGCAUAAUUAAUCCUUUAUUGCUCUAUGUGAGUUGUAUUGUCAAUCCUAUGGGUAAAUUCUAAUUAUUUAAGAUUGCCUAUACCAUUUACUUAGAUACAUGAAUAUGCUUAGCUGAUUUUUAAAUAGACGAGCCAUUUAAGGAUUGCCUUUACUUAAAAUAGAAUAUUGUAUAAUGUUUCAUUCUGUUGGUUAAGAUAAAUGUAUUAGGAUACAGUAAGAAUAAAUAUUGAUCUUCUGAAUGUUCAGAUAAGUGUAAUAUUAAUAUAGUUUGCAAUAUGCUGAAGCACGAUAUAACUACUAUACUGUCUACUUUCUUUUAGAUAGGUUCUAGGAAUAGGGCAGAUUAAUACAAAUUCAGUGAUUAAGAGCUAAUGUUAGAAAUCCUGGCUGAUCCUUUGUCCCUUUUUAAGGUGCAUAAUGUUCAAAUUAUGUCUCUAAAGACAGGUUGAUGCAUGUAUAAUAAAAUAUGGGAUUAUUAAUAUAUAAAGAACUACACUUCAAACGCUAUUUUAAAAAAGCAUGUAUGCAUAUUUACAUUUUAAGCUUUUGGGUAUUGCAUGUACAAUCUCUAGUCCCUGGUGGCUACAGACCAAUCUCAGUGGGUUGUAGCCAAGAAAAUUCUACUCAGAGUAGACCCAUUGAAAUUAAUAAACAUAAGUUAGUCAUGGCCAUUAAUUUCACUGGGUCUACUCUGAGUAGAGCAAAUAUUGAAUACAACCCUUCAGCAGUGGCUAAGGGAAUUUUAAAGAAAAUGUAGAUCUACAUUUCUCCAACAUUUUACAGAUAAAAAUAUCAACAGGUAUGCAACAUGGUUAAUGAAGAGAGUUGUGGGGCUUCAUGAAGUGAUCUUGAGUACACAAGAAAUAAGGCUACCUGCUCACCCCGCUUCUAGUUCAUAUUGUAUUACAUUUCAUCCCAGAUUGUUGAUAGAGGUGGUAAUCAUUAUUUCUUAAAAAGCAGCAACACACAUACCAUUAAGACCUUACUUCAUUUUUUCCAUCAUAAAGGCGAACGCUUCGUCCCAGCUCUGAUUAAACUAUUUUCAUAUAAGAUUACCCCCCCAACUCUUAUAUGGCGCCCCUGUUUGGAUAAAUUCCUUAGGUUCCUCUGUUGAAACCAUACUUUCCAGUUUCCUCCAUUGCCUUCUAGCUGUGCCCCGCUGUGUCCCCUCAGCGGCCUUAAGACUUGAAUGCGGGUUGACCUCUUUGGAAUGUCGAGCAUGGAUCAUGACUUUUAAUUUUUGGGUGAAAACUUCGUUUAACCCCCCCCCAAGGCCUUUUAGCUCCAUUCUGGAAUGACCCUUACCCCUCUCUUCCUGGCUAACAACCAUAGAAGCCAAACUGCAGAAAAUUGGCCUCUCUAAAGUCUAUCUGGCCUCCCAGUCCCAUAAUGAUGCAAUUACACAGAUUUGUUCUCGGCUUAUGGACAUUGACUAUCAAAACUCAAUCGCCAAUGCUUCCAAAACAUGUUCCCCACUGUUCCUAAACUUACCCUUUGUAUCUGGUAAACUCGCCCCCUAUUUGUAUUUUCUCACUACACCCAAACUACGUUUAGUCUUCACAAAAGCCAGGUUCAAUGCCCUAAAUUCAGCAGUAAUGGAAGGAAGAUUUCGACAAAUUCCAUACGAACACCAUUUCUGUCCUUGCAGAUGCGCCCAGAUAGAAACUCUUACACAUUCCAUUCUGGUCUGCCCGUUAUACACACAAAUUCGAGCUAAAUUCCUCAACUCCAUACUGAUGACUCAGAAACUUAAAAAUUAUUCCCCCGAAGACACGAUUGCUUGUCUUCUUUCAGGCUCCGAUAAAGACAUCACCAUACAAGUAGCCAAAUUUGUCUUUGCCGCUCAAUCAAUACGUGCUUCCUAUUAAUGUCUGCUUUAUGAAUUAUGUUUCCGUUCUGUAUUAUAUGUUGUUGUUGUUUUCUAUUUUGUUCCAUGCUUUUGGGUCAUUGACUGCAAUUUUAAUAAAUCAAUCAAUCAAUCAUACCAUAUGGCAAACAGCUUUUGAAAAGAAUUUGUAUAUAGUGCUGGUGGAUUCUGCUUUCAAAGAAAAGUUCAAUACUAGUAGAUGCAUGCAAUCCCUUGGGUAUAAGCAGCUAUUUGGAUUUCAGACUUGAGAAAAUAUUUAAAAUUUAAUUUGGUACACAAGAAGCUGCCUAAGUAAAUUGUCAUUGUUUGCAAAACAAAAUGUAAACCAUUCAGAGAACGUUAUUGGUAGCAAUUAAAUCCAUCCUUGUACAUUAUGUUAAAUACUAGCAGGAGCAUUCCUGCUGGUACUGGAAGCCUUCUGCUCAGGUUUAUGGGCCAAUUUACAGCUGUAGCUCAGGCCUAAUUUAAGCUUCUGGUACUGGGACAGCUAUUUAGAGCAGGAAUAGCCAACAUGGUGCCAUCCAGCUGUUAAACUGCAAUACACAUUACCCCUGAUUGUUGGCUAUCCUGGCUGGGCCUGAUGGGCACCACAAUGGCUUCCUGAGUGAGGGUUCUUAACAUGGAGUACUAAAGGGAUAGGAAUUUUGCUGUUCAAAUAACUGCAAUUAGAGGUUUGUUGUUAUGUGCCUUCAAGUCGAUCAUGACUCAUGGCGACCCUAUGAAUCAGCGACCUCCAAUAGCAGCUGUCAUGAACCACCCUGUAAGUUCAGGUCUGUGGCUUCCUUUAUGGAAACAAUCCAUCUCUUGUUUGGCCUUCCUCUUUUUCUACUCCCUUCUUUUUCCCCCCAGCAUUAUUGUCUUUUCUAGUGAAAUGCCUUCUUAUUAUGUGUCCAAAGUAUGAUAACCUCAGUUUCAUCAUUUUAGCUUCUAGUGAUAGUUUUGAUUUAAUUUGUUCUAACACCCUAUGGGUCUUUUUUGCAGUCCAUGGUAUACGCAAAGUUCUCCUCCAACACAUUUCAAAAGAGUUGAUUUUUCACUUACCCACUUUUUUCACUGUCCAACUUUCACAUCCAUACGUAGCGAUCGGGAAUACCAUGGUCUGAAUGAUCCUGACUUUAGUGUUCAGUGAUACAUCUCUGCAUUUGAGGACCUUUCCUAGUUUUCUCAUAGCUGCCCUCGCCAGUCCUAGCCUUCUUCUGAUUUCUUGACUAUUGUCUCCAUUUUGGUUAAUGAUUGUGCCAAGGUAUUGAUAAUCCUUGACAAGUUCAAUGUCCUCAUUGUCAACUUUAAAGUUGUAUCAAUCUUCUGUUGUCAUUACUUUAGUCUUCUUGAGAUUCAGUUGUAGUCCUGCUUUUGUGCUUUCCUCUAACUUUCAUCAGCAUUCGUUUCAAAUCAUUACUGGUUUCAGCUAGUAGUAUGGUGUCACUGCAUAUCUUACAUUAUUGGCAUUUCUCCCGCCAGUUUUCACACACCCUUCAUCUUGGUCUAAUCCUGUUUUCCGUAUAUAUUAUGCGUAUAGAUUAAAAAAGGAGGGUGAUAAAAUACACCCGUCUCACAGCCUGGGAACCAAUUGGUUUCUCCAUAUUCUGUCCUUACAGAAGCCUUUUGUCCAGAGUAUGGGUUGCACAUCAGAAGAAUCAGAUGCUGUGGCACCCCCAUUUCUUUUAAAGCAUUCCAUAAGAACAUAAGAAGAGCCUGCUGGAUCAGGCCAGUAGCCCAUCUAGUCCAGCAUCCUGUUCUCACAGUGGCCAACCAGGUGCCUGGGGGAAGCCCACAAGCAGGACCUGAGUGCAAGAACACUCUCCCCUCCUGAGGCUUCCGGCAACUGGUUUUCAGAAGCAUACUGCUUCUGACUAGGGUGGCAGAGCACAGCCAUCAUGGCUAGUAGCCACUGAUAGCCCUGUCCUCCAUGAAUUUGUCUAAUCUUCUUUUAAAGCCAUCCAAGCUGGUGGCCAUUACUGCAUCUUGUGGGAGCAAUAGUUUAACUAUGCGCUGAGUAAAGAAGUACUUCCUUUUGUCUGUCCUGAAUCUUCCAACAUUCAGCUUCUUUGAAUGUGCACGAGUUCUAGUAUUAUGAGAGAGGGAGAAAAACUUUUCUCUAUCCACUUUCUCAAUGCCAUGCAUAAUUUUAUACACUUCUAUCAUGUCUCCUCUGACCCGCCUUUUCUCUAAACUAAAAAGCCCCAAAUGCUUUCCUCAUAAGGGAGUUGCUCCAUCCUCUUGAUCAUUCUGGUUGCCCUCUUCUGUACCUUUUCAAACUCUAUAAUAUCCUUUUUGAGAUGAGGCGACCAGAACUGUACACAGUAUUCCAAAUGCGGCCGCACCAUAGAUUUAUACAACAGCAUUAUGAUCUCGGCUGUUUUAUUUUCAAUACCUUUCCUAAUUAUCACUAGCAUGGAAUUUGCCUUUUUCACAGCUGCUGCACACUGGGUCGACAUUUUCAUCAGGCUGUCCACUACAACCCCGAGAUCUCUCUCCUGGUCGGUCACCGCCAGUUCAGACCCCAUGAGCGUAUGUGUGAAAUUCAGAUUUUUGCUCCAAUAUGCAUAAUUUUACACUUGUUUAUAUUGAAUUGCAUUUGCCAUAUUUCCACCCAUUCACUCAGUUUGGAGAGGUCUUUUUGGAGCUCUUCACAAUCCCUUUUUGUUUUAACAACCCUGAACAAUUUAGUGUCGUCAGCAAACUUGGCCACUUCACUGCUCACUCCUAAUUCUAGGUCAUUAAUGAACAAGUUGAAAAGUACAGGUCCCAAUACCGAUCCUUGAGGGACUCCACUUUCUACAGCCCUCCAUUGGGAGAACUGUCCAUCUCUGCUUUCUGCUUCUUAACCAAUUCCUUAACCACAAGAGGACCUCUCCUCUUAUUCCAUGACUGCUAAGCUUCCUCAGAAGUCUUUGGUGAGAUACCUUGUCAAAUGCUUUUUGAAAGUCUAAGUACACUAUGUCCACUGGAUCACCUCUAUCUAUAUGCUUGUUGACACUCUCAAAGAAUUCUAAUAGGUUACUGAGACAGGACUUUCCCUUGCAGAAGCCAUGCUGGCUCUGCUUCAGCAAGCCUUGUUCUUCUGUGUGCUUAGUUAAUCUAGCUUUAAUAAUACUCUCUACCAGUUUUCCAGGGACAGAAGUUAAGCUAACUGGCCUGUAAUUUCCAGGAUCCCCCUUGGAUCCCUUUUUGAAUAUUGGUGUUACAUUUGCCACUUUCCAGUCCUCAGGCACGGAGGAGGACCUGAGGGACAAGUUACAUAUUUUAGUUAGCAGAUCAGCAAUUUCACAUUUGAGUUCUUUGAGAACUCUCGGGUGGAUGCCAUCCGGGCCUGGUGAUUUGUCAGUUUUUAUAUUGUCUAUUAAGCCUAGAACUUCCUCUCUCGUUAUCACUAUUUGUCUCAGUUCCUCAGAAUCCCUUCCUCCAAAUGUUAGUUCAGGUUCAGGGAUCUGCCCUAUAUCUUCCACUGUGAAGACAGAUGCAAAAAAUUCAUUUAGCUUCUCUGCAAUCUCCUUAUCGUUCUUUAGUACACCUUUGACUCCCUUAUCAUCCAAGGGUCCAAUCACCUCCCUAGAUGGUCUCCUGCUUUGAAUGUAUUUAUAGAAUUUUUUGUUGUUGGUUUUUAUGUUCUUAGCAAUGUGCUCCUCAAAUUCUUUUUUAGCAUCCCUUAUUGUCUUCUUGCAUUUCUUUUGCCAGAGUUUGUGUUCCUUUUUAUUUUCUUCAUUCGGACAAGACUUCCAUUUUCUGAAGGAAGACUUUUUGCCUCUGAGAGCUUCCUUGACUGCUCGUUAACCAUGCUGGCAUCUUCUUGGCCCUGGCGGUACCUUUUCUGAUCUGCAGUAUGCGAUCCAGUUGAGCUUCUAAUAUAGUGUUUUUAAACAACUUCCAAGCAUUUUCGAGUGAUGUGACCCUCUGGACUUUGUUUUUCAGCUUUCUUUUUACCAAUCCCCUCAUUUUUGUGAAGUUUCCUCUUUUGAAAUCAAAUGUGACCAUGUUGGAUUUUCUUGGCAAUUGGCCAUUUACAUGUAUGUUUAAUUUAAUAGCACUAUGGUCACUGCUCCCAAUCGGUUCAACAACACUUGCAUCUCGCAAAACACAUCAUAGUUUUUCAUGAUCUACACAAUCAAAGGCUUUGCUCUAAUCUAUAAAGCAUGGGGAUUUCCUUCUGAAAUUUCUUGGUCUGUUCCAUUGUCCAAUGUAUGUUUGCGAUAUGAUCUCUGGUGCCUCUUCCUUCUCUGAAUCCAGCUUGGACACUGGCAUUUCUUGCUCCAUAUAUGGUAAGAGCCUUUAUUGUAGAAUCUUGAGCAUUACUUUACUUGCAUGUGAUAUUAAGGCACUAGUUCAAUAACUACUGCAUUUCCUGGGAUUCCCUUUCUUUGGAAUUGGGAUGUAUAUUGAAUGCUUCUAAUCUGUGGGCCAUUGUUUAGUUUUCCAUAUUUCCUGACAAAUUUUGUUAAAAUUUGGACAGAUUCAGUCUCAGUAACUUGUAGCAACUCUAUUGGUAUGCCAACUAUUCCUGGUGAUUUGUUUCUUCCAAGUGUUUUAAGAUCAGCUGCCACCACACUUUCUAAAAUUUCUGGUUCUUCAUCAUACGGUUCCUCCGUGAAUGAAUCUGUCAUCCUUGCAUCUCUUUUAUAGAGUUCUUCAGUGUAUUGCUUCCAUCUUCCUUUUAUUGCAUCUCAGUCAGUCAGUGUGCUCUCCUGUUGAUUAUUCAACAUCCCUACUCUAGGUUUAAAUUUCCUUUUAAUUUCUCUAAUCUUUUGGAACAGGGCUGUUGUUCUACCCUUUUUGUUGUCCUCUUCUAUUUCUAUACAAUAACUAUUGUAAUAGUUCUCUUUGUCCCUACGUAUUAGUCUCUGUAUUGUUGCAUUUAGGGUUCUAACCAUGUUUCUAUCUCCUUUUGCUUUCCCUUGUCUCAUUAACCAUUUUAAGAGUUUCUUCAGUCAUCCAUUGAGGACUUUCUCUCUAACUAGAGGUACUGUCUUUUUGCAUUCUUCCCUGAUAAUGUAUCUGGCUUCAUGCUAUAGUUCUUCUGGUUCUUUGUCUACUAAGUUUAAAGCACAAAUAGGAGGUCAAAAACCAGAAUGCUGGAAAGAUGUAGCUUUAUUCUGUGCACAGAGGCACCAUUGAUUUCUUGCAUAUAAAAAAAGAAGAAAUUUCUGUGUAAAAUAUGCUAAAGCCCAACGCGUUUCAGCUUGUGCAGUCAAGCCUUCAUCUAAUUUUCCUUUUUCAAGGCUAGGAGGUUGCUGUUGCGAGUAGGAGAGAGCCUACCCAAGGUGCACACAGAAGGUACUUGUACCCGUUCUUCCAUAAGUAGCUUUUUAGGUUUGAUGAUGCUGAGACAACAAACAAAUGUAUGUAUGUAAUGCUGUAUUUUUCAUAUAGAACUAGAAGUACAGGAAAUAAUUGGUGUUUUAACUGGUGCCUGCUUUGAGAACAGUUGAAAAGCCAACUAUAA